GCUGUCGUAAAAGCUGGUUAUUUUCAGAGACUUCUAGAAGAUUUGGUGUAAAGGUGAAGAGAAAAGAGUGUUGAUGUGGCGUAAUGGGAAAGGAGAGUCGGUUUUUGUGUGAGUCGUUGAUUCUGUAAGGGAAUCACUACCUCGUUCUAGUUUAAUACCAGAGGUGUACACAACUUGAACAAUCUGCCUGUGAAUCCAGUUAAGCCCCAGAAAAGCAGCAGGGCAACCAAAGUGCCCAGCAGGGUAAAAGCUCUGCUGUGUAAGCAGUUAGAGUGAAAAUCAGGCAGCUGGAUCACAGGACCAGACCAACUACGAUCCAGGUGACAGAGGGGAAAGGCCCCUUGCUUUCCCCAUCACAGGAGGAGGUGGAGCCUUCUCCAAGCAGCUGGGAAGUGAGCUGUGCCUGGCCAGUCUUGGGGGAGGGGCUGCAUUUCAGGAGGCUGCAGCUGACAAGAAGCUUCAAGCUGAGGUUAAUAUCAGGGUUGCAUAGCACCUGAGAAUCUGCAUGUGAUACCAGUUGAGCCCCAUAAAGGCAGUACAACCAAAGAAAUACCCAGCAGGGUGAAGACUGUGCUGGACAAGCAGUUGGAGUGAGAAUCAAGACAGCUGGAUCACAGUGCCAGACCCACCACAAUCCUUGUGACAGAGAGGAGGGGCCUUCUGCUCUUCAUCUCAGCCCGUGGGUGGAGCCUUCUCUGAGCUGCUUGGCAGUGAGCUGUGCCUGGCCAGUCUUGGGGGAGGAGCUGCAUUUCUCCAGGCUGCAGCUGACAAGAAGCUUCAAGGUUAAUAUCAGAGUUCCAUGAGACCUGGGCAAUCUGCAUUUGAUUCCAGGUGAGCCCCAGAAAGACAGUACAACAACAGAAGUGCCCAGCAGGGUGAAGGCUGUGCUGGACAAACAGUCGGAGUAAGAAUCAAGACAGCUGUAUUACAGGACCAGACUAUCACAAUUCUUGUGGCAGGUAUCUUCGGUAUUGUCCUAUUCAAACAACGUGUUCACGCAUCCUGGGGUUAUUGUAGUGGAGAAGACAAAACACAAGCUAUAAACUAUUUGUAGUCCUAAAACAAAAGAGACUUUGUUGAGAGUAUUGUUUUGGUAGGAACUGUGUUUGCAGUAACAAGGACAGCAAGCCACCUCAACCUCCGAUAAGAGCUCCUUGGCACACAACUCAAAAUCAUCAUGGAAGUUGAGUAUGUCCUGUGCAAUUGGAAAGACCAGUUAUGGCCAGCGAAAGUUUUGUCCAGAUCUGAAACUUCAUCAGACAGUAAGAGACAAAAGACAAUUUCCCUAGAAGUUCAAAUACUCUCACUAGAUGAGAAGAUUGAAGUGGAUAUCACAGAAACAAAGAUUCUUGAGAAAUCUCAAGUUGAAGCCAUUGCCUCCUCUCUUGUGCUACAGUUAGAGGACAAUGCCCCACCUCAAGAGGAAACAGCUUACAGAAGAUCACUAAAAGUGGCACUGGAUAUCCUGAAUGAGAGAAAAAAAAUGAGUCAAGCAAGCAUUUCACAUGAAGAAGAGACCAUUGUGAUAUCUGACAACGAACCACAAAAGCUGUCUGAUUCACCCCCUCGUAAAAAGUAUCGGAGGCAUGAAGAGGACUUACAGGAGUCUCUUGAGGAAAAUAAAAACCCAACAUCCCUGAUAAUAUCUUCAGAGAGUGGUAAUUCCCUGCCUGAUGAUAAAUUACAGGUGAACACAACUAUUGAUACUCCGAGUGAAAUGGAAACAAAGUCAUCACAGAACCCCAUUUGCCAGACUUUCCCUUCACUUUCAGAAGAUGAUGAUGAAAAAGAGAAGAAAAAGAUUGACACAUCAGCAAUUUUAUCUGUAAGUUCCACAGUCAAAGAAGAGAAUGCACAUGUUAAAGAUGAAAAGUUUGUUCCAUCUUUGUCAUCAGAUAUUGUCACUAUGCCCAAAGCUUUGAAAGAAGAAGAAAAACACAUAUGCUCAGAGACCACUGCUGUUUCCUCUGAAUGUUCUACGUUCUCAGAGAAUAUUGAAGAUCCUGGAGAAGGUCCUUCAAAUCCAAAUCCAUGCACAGAUGCCACCCAGGAUCAACCUUCUGUGGAAUCAGAGAUAGGUGCUGCAACAUCCUCUGCAAGUUGUUCAGGGGAAUGCCAGGCUUCAGUUAGUGCCUCUAACCCUGUCCUGGAUUAUUCACUUCUUGUGAAUAAUGAAAGAAGUUUUCAGAGGCUGGAUUUAGAGGAACUUGAGGAAGACAUUCAAGCUUCUGACAAGUCACCGAAUCUAAAUCCUGUUAGUGCUUCUGCACUAGAUGACAAUGAGGAAGAUGAAGAACUCCCACGCUUCAUUUUAAAUUAUGAGCCACGUUCAUUUGAAACAGGAAUGAUAGUCUGGUUUAAAUAUCAAAAAUACCCAUUUUGGCCAGCAGUGGUAAAAAGCAUCAGGCGUAAAGAGAGGAAAGCAAGUGUGCUUUUUGUUGAGGCAAACAUAAAUCCUGAGAAGAAAGGCAUUAGAGUACCAUUCAGAAGACUAAAAAAGUUUGAUUGUAAGGAGAAACAAGCACUAGUGGAUAAAGCCAGGGAGGAGUAUAGUGAAAGUAUCGACUGGUGCAUUUCAUUGAUUUGUGACUACAGAGUUAGAAUAGGUUGUGGAUCUUUUACAGGCUCAUUCCUUGAGUACUAUGCUGCUGACAUUAGUUAUCCAAUCAGGAAAGCAAUCAAACAGGAUACCUUCAGGAAUCGAUUUCCAAAGCUCCAGAGUGAUGAUACUGUGGAACAAAUGGUUGUGACUUCCCAGACCAAGAAAAUGGCCUUCCAGAAAAUUCUCCCUGACCGGAUGAAGGCUGCUCGGGACCGAGCCAACAAGAACCUGGUGGACUUUAUUGUGAAUGCAAAGGGAACAGAAAACCAUCUUUUGGCCAUUUUAAAAGGCACCAAAGCAUCCAGAUGGCUGAAAUCAUUUUUGAAUGCAAAUAGGUUCACACCCUGUAUUGAAACAUACUUUGAAGAUGAUGAUCAGUUGGAUGAAGUAGUAAAAUAUUUACAGGAAAUCUACAAACAAAUAGAUGAAAGCAUGCUGACUCGAAUAAAACAUGACAAAAUUAAAUUCAUCCUGGAAGUUCUCCUGCCAGAAGCAAUUAUUUUUUCAAUUUCUGCUGUUGAUGGAUUAGAUUAUGAAGCAGCUGAAGCAAAGUAUCUAAAAGGGCCUUCUCUCGGCUAUAGGGAAAGAGAAUUAUUUGAUGCAAAAAUCAUAUUUGAAAAGAGACGGAAACCAUUAACAAAUGAAGCUCAUUAAGUAUCCCAAGAGUCAAAACCAUAACAAGGAGCUUUUACAGAUGUUAGUUUAAAAAAAUCUCAUUUUAACAGUUCUCUCUACAAUGUAAAUAUUUUCUGAAAAGGAAAGACUUUGAGCAACAUGUUCACUUUUUUUUAAAGAUCUCUAGGAUCUGCAGAGAUCACUACAUGUUUAUUUUCUUAUGCUUCUUCAGAGUCAAUUUCAUCAGCAUUAUUUCAGAAUUUUUACUUUCAAAUACAUUUUUAGAAUGCAUAAUUCCUAAAUGAUUUUUAAAAGAAAGGACUAUUUGGUUUUAUGACAUUUUUGUGUGUAUGCUGUAUAGGAAAAUGCAGUAUGCACAAUCAUUUCAAUAUUAAAAUUGCACUGGUGUUAGAUAUUAAGCAAGAUAGUUAGAAAAGAAGUCUAAAAGAAACAUGAUUAUAUUUUUUUGCUUAAUUUUUUAUAAAAUACUGGGUUUUCUCUUAAAAUAGUUGAAUUAUUUUUCCUGCCAUGCCUAUUUAUUUUUGGAAAAAAAAGUAUCUCUAAGACAUAGAACCAAAGAUAGAUGAUAGAUAAGCUUUGCUGCAUAUUAUAACUAACCACAGUUGCUUUUGCAAAAUAGUCUAAAGUUAAAAAAUAAAUGGAUUAUCUGCAUGCAGUUUAUAUUUGUGUGAAUAACAUUUCAGCAUGCAGAAAAAUAUUUCAGCAGCCUUGAACAGGAUAACCAAUUCUAUACUUCCAUGAAAUUCAGUUUUGUUCAGUGUCUGUCCUUAAAAUGGUUGAAUAGUUUGUUAAAACAGACAGGCUUUUGGCUGUCUUCAUAACUAACCAAGAGUGGAUAUUCUUAUUAUAGCUGUCUGACCACAUGUAAAAGACAGCUACAGUCAUUGUAUCUACAGUCUGGUCACUCUAAAGUCCAGACUUACUGCUUAAGAGCCCAUGUAGUUUGAUGCAAACUGUAGAAAAAGCAAGCACUACAUUCUGAGUCUUAUUUCAAAAUAUGUAGUCAUUUGUCUCAAAUUAAGCAAACUUUAGCAUCCGGCUUAUUUGUACAGAAUUUCCCAUUGAUUCCAGUACUAAUAUGUCAACUAGUAAGUCAUUCCAAACUAUCAGAAGGAGUAGAUGGACCAAAACCUGGGAAUUUGGAAAUGGAUCACAGAAAAAGCCCCCCCCCUGGUUAAAUAUGGCAAUUACCGAAAUAUGGUUAAAUAUAGACAAUCGAUAGGAUGAAGCGGAUGAAUAUAUUCUAACUCAAAACAAGAUUUUUGUGAGACUACAUCUUAGAAAAACUAGUUUAUUGUUUUUAAAAACUUGUUAUGAUAAGAAGUGCUAAAGACUUAACAUGAACCUGUCUACAAUUUUACAUCUUUGAGUAAGACGGCUGUUAUUCUUGGGCUCUUGUUAUAUGUUCACAUAGCUACAUGUGUAUCUAAAAUUUUUUAAAAUUUGGUAUUUUGAUUUGUAAUAAAACCAUUAUUUCCUUCA